AUGGUCCCAUUCGCGGCUUCCUCCGCGCUCGGGCUGGUUGCCGUCGCAAUAGCGGUCACUGCCACCUCCAAUGCCGACAAGUUCUUCUACGUCGGGGGCCAAAGCGCUUCUGACCCCACGGGCAACAUCACCAUUGGCCAGCUCUACAUUGAGAAGCUCACAGCCGUCCUCACGCUGCGGCCGACGCGCUUGGUCUUUAUCCACGGCAGCGGGUUUCCGGGGACCACUUGGCUCAACAACCCUGACAAUCGUCCCGGUUGGGCGACCUACUUCCACAAGGCAACCAGGUCUACCUCGUUGAUGCCAACAGCAUCGGCUGGUGGCCGGGGACGGACAUGCGCGGCGAUCCCUUCUUUGACCAGUUUCAGCAGAGCUUCAUUCCGUACACGACAAGCUACGUCUUCCCAAGAGCUGGCCAUGCGCGCCGCCUGGUGCGAGCUCCUCUCCCUCGUUGGCGCACAGUCCUACCUGGUCUCCCACUCGCUGGUCGCAAAGUUUCCAGUCGGAAUCUCCAACGACUGCCCCCAGCACCUCGCGGGCAGCUUCAACGUCGAGCCCUCCACGAUCCCCUUCCGCGCGUACGGCUACGGCCUGACGAGCAACGCGGCUAACCCGUGGGGCCUGACGAACACGCCCGUCGACUACGAGCCAGCAGCAUUUAGCACGGCGGAACUUAACGCCAUGGUCGAAUCCGUGGGCGAGCCGUAG